AUGACCUCCACCGCUUCUGCUGCUUCAUCGUCAACAGUUGGCAUCAUCAAAUUCGCUUUUUCCAGUAUUCCAGAUUCUGUAUCGCCCUACUUGAUUACUUCUCUUAUCUUUGGAGUCGGGAUUGCAGGCUCCGUCUUCUAUAGGAAACGUCUUCGUCGCAUCCCUAAUGUAGAAUACUUGACGCCCAAUAGUUUACAAGGAAAGAGAGUUCUGAAGGGCAAAGUCACCAGUGUCGGAGACUCGGACAAUUUUAGAUUCUACCAUACACCUGGGGGUAUUUGGGCAGGUUGGGGCUGGCUCCGACAUGUUCCCACUGGCAGCAAAGAACUAAAGAAUCAGACGUUACACAUCCGCCUUGCUGGGAUUGAUGCCCCCGAGGGUGCGCAUUUUGGUAUGCCGGCGCAACCAUUUUCGAAAGAAUCAUUGGAAUGGCUUCGGAAGGAGGUGAAUGGAAAGACUGUCUUAGUCAAACCGUAUACAAAGGAUCGUUAUGAUCGUGUGGUCUCAAUGGCUUGGUAUCCAAGAUUUUUGCCAUUCCUUCCCAAAAAGAAUGUCAGUUUGCAACUGCUUAAGGUUGGGUAUGCGCAGAUUUAUCGACAGCAUGGGUUCGAAUAUGGUGAUAUGCUCGAUGAAUUUGAACGGAUCGAGACGAAAGCAAAGAGGCGCAAGAUUGGAAUUUGGUCCCAAGAGAACAUGGUCAGCGCGGCAGAGCAUAAGAAACAAUAUCUUCGAAAAAAAGAAUAA